UAUUCAGUUUCGUUAUUCAUUUCGGUUCUUUAUUCCCCAGGGGGCGCUUCUGUUCUUCAUUAUAUAUAUUGGUUGUAUAUGUUAAAUAAACGGCUUUUUACUUCGGGACGGCUGGAGUCUGAGUCCACCUUCGGUCAACACCACAUUGGCGACGAGGAUGUCGUGAACGUACCCCCAGCCCCGCUGCGCCGUCCGUAUCCGCCACCAUGAGCUUCACCGGGCUUGCUCCGCCGCCGUUUUUCCUUCCGACGCCCGGCCGUCCCUCAUUGCCAUGGGAGCAGUGGGAGCAGAUGUUCAACGUGUACUUGCUGGCAUCCGGAGCCGCCGCAUUCAAGCCGGAGCAACGCAAGGCUAUUCUUUUGCAUUGUUUGGGGGCGGAGGGCCAGCGUAUUUAUCAGACGCUACAUGCAGGGACGAGCGCCGCAGCACCGGCCGCGCCAAGUGCCGCAGCACGCGCCGAUGACAAGUCUGCCGUGGCCCCUCCUGACGAAUACGACUCUGCACUCGCCGCAUUACGGCUACAGUUUUCGACGUCGCGCAACGUUAUCAUCGAGCGUCAUCGCUUUCACCGCCGCAGCCAACACACAGGCGAGUCCGUUCAUGACUUUGUUGCCGCUCUACGGGAGCUAGCGUCACAUUGCUCGUUUGCCUCGAAAGAUGAUGCUUUGCGGGACCAAUUCGUUGCCGGCGUAGCUUCCCCUCGCGUACGUGAGCGGUUACUGCUCGAGGGUUCCACACUUUCAUUCGAGAAUUCUGUUCGAAUUGCACUUCAGUUUGAGCAGGCGGCUGAAGAGCUAAAAGAACUUUCUGCUUCGGUCGAAGCAAUUUCAUUGCGGCAGCGUCGAAAACCAUCGUCGCAUUCUUCGAAAAAAAGGAAUUCACGACCGGCAGCCACCGUAGAGCAGAAUUUAACGAGGAGCGCAAGCGGCUCACGUGCGCCGCAGCGGAACCGCCCCCCUCAGCGGUACCGAGAACAGAGUAGCCGCUCCGGCUCGCCACAUUGUUUCCGAUGCGGUUCGCGGGACCACAUCGCGUCAGCGCCACAGUGCCCAGCGCAUGGCAAGACUUGUUCGUUUUGCGGUCACAAGGGCCACUUUCAAAGGGUAUGCAACCGCAAGCUAACCCAAAUGCAAGGCCGAGUACGUGAAGUUGAAUUUCAUGAAGAUGUUUCGUCAUCCAGCAGUGCUGAGGAUGUUUUGACUGUGCAACGUUCCGCGCGUAGCGGAAUUCAUAUUCAAUUGCAAGUCGCGAAUGUCACUUUGACAUUCCUUGUUGAUUCAGGGUCGUCUGUUUCAAUCCUGUCGGAACAAGAAUUCAGUCGAUAUUUUCAGAGCGUUCAGCUCCUGCCUGCUCCGCAUGUUAGUCUGUUUGACUACUCUCAACGGCUGAUUCCAGUGCUAGGUUGUUUCCAGGCAGACGUUCGAUUUAAAGGCCGCACAGCGUCGCUACGUUUUUAUGUUGUUCACCGAGGCACUUCUCUGAUCGGUCUAGACGGCAUUAAAGCCUUGGAUCUUCGCAUUGAGGGUUCUGCUCUCAAGUGCCUAUACACGUCCGUUACUCCGCAGCCGACUGUUGUUGACCCGCUAUCCUGUUCUAUUUCCACAUCGUCAAGCACGCAGCCCCAUAACAAAGCUCUUCCGCCAGCCUUAGCACAUGAGUUCAGUUCACUUUUCAGUCCCGAGUUAGGUCUUGCUAAGGGAUUCACGCAUCGCAUCAAGACACGGCAAGGCGUGCAGCCUGUAACUUCGAAGCUUCGCCGUCUGCCGUAUUCUCUCCGUUCACCAGUAUCAAAUGAGCUUCAUAGGUUGCUGAGCCUUGACAUCAUCGAGCGGAUCGAUGCUUCUGAAUGGGUGUCCCCCAUUGUUGUUGUUAACAAGAAAGAUGGUAGCAUCAGGAUCUGUGUAGAUCUUCGAGAGCCGAACAAAGCUAUUGUUCCAGACAGUUUCCCAUUGCCCCAUACAGAGGAGCUGCUUCACGCUUUGGUAGGCGCUACACACUUCUCCAAACUUGACUUGGCUUCUGCUUACCAUCAGGUUCUCUUGCACCCUGACAGCAGGGAUCUGACAGCUUUCAUCACCCAUGAUGGCCUUUUCCGUUUUAAAAGAGUUUGCUUUGUGUUGGUUUCUGCCCCAGCGGCAUUUCAGAAGAUGAUGGCGAAAAUCCUUGACCGCUGCCCUGGCGUGUUAUUCUACAUUGAUGAUGUCAUCAUUUUUGGCAAGACCGCAGAACAACACCUUUCAAACUUGAAGACCGUGCUGCAAAAGAUCAAGAACGCAGGUCUGAAACUGAACAACAAAUGCCUUUUCGACGUUCCAGAACUUGCCUUUCUAGGGCACAAGGUCACUGCACGUGGUAUCUCGCCACUUCCAGAGAAAGUAGACUCCAUAGCUAACACACCAGUGCCAACUGAUGUGGCCGCCCUUCGUUCGUUCCUGGGCCUCGUAGAAUACUACUCCAAGUUUGUUCCACACUUGGCACAAGUGGUUGAGCCUAUGAGAGUCUUACUUCGCAAAAAUGAGCCAUUCAUCUGGUCUGCCGAAGCAGACAGCAGUUUCCGGAGGGUCAAGGAAAUGCUUUCGUCAAGUACAGUCCUCCAGAUGUUCGAGCCAAAUCGCCGCCUGUGA